CGCCUUUACUUUCUGAAAAGACUGAUACAGGGCUAUCCAUAACAAAACAAAGUAUAAUGCUAAAAAAAACAAAUGCAGGAUAAUAAUUCUACAUCGCUGUAUGAAGGAGUGUUACAACGACUAGCAGCUAACAACAGCUGUUUUUAUUAACGUGGUGGUGGGAUAUUCGAAAAUUCUAGUUUAUGCUCCAUCACUUAUAUAUGCAUGUUGAUAAAGAAUCGCCAAGCAGCAACGGCAAAAAGGAAAGGCAAGCCAUUUCAACCAAGAUAGAACCACCUGUCGAAACUAUAAGCAUUAUCUUCUUGGACAAGCCGCGUGUUUCUCUCCGGCCCAUCGCUUCAUCUCUCGCUCUUAAAACAGGUAUCCCUAAAGAUGAUAUUGUCACUAUGGGCAACUGGCCAUCCUCCGCUGUCUUUGAAAAUCACUAUCGUCGUGAACAUCUCUCUCAAUUCGAUUUCUCCAACACGCUGAUUGAUAUUGACGAUGCUAUUGACGAAGAUGGCGACCAGCUCUUUGCUGAAGACUAUAUGACAUGCGAUUGGACCAAAUAAUUUUUUAGACUAUUUCUCUGGAUCAGCAAAUCAUAUUUUGUAUUUUGUACUUGAGUGCCUUCAUAAAUUCAAGUAGAAUUUGUCUCAACACUUGAAUUACUUGGUUAGACAUGAAAAU